UCCACGCGCGCCUCAGAGCAGGUUUACAGUCAUCGAGCCGCAGAGCAGGACGCAGCCGCGCGACAACCCGUGUGCGUGUUUUGUUGUUGUUGUUGUUGUAUCACGGCAGUUCGCCUGAGACCGCGCGGGGCAACGACAGAUACGACACUCCACGCGGCUUUUUUUUUUCUUCUUCUUUUCAUUUGAAGGAUAGAGGAUUCGCUGCCGCGACCGUUUUGUCUCCGCCGCGGCGAAUAAAGUGCGCGCGUGGCUCUCCGUUUCCAGCUGGAGGCGCAUGACUCGGAGGAGUUGGACAGACCUCACCGCCGACAUGAGAGCUCAAAUAGAGGUGAUUCCGUGUAAAAUCUGUGGGGACAAAUCCUCGGGGAUCCACUACGGCGUCAUCACCUGUGAAGGCUGCAAGGGCUUCUUCCGGCGCAGCCAGCAGAACAACGCCAUGUACUCCUGCUCACGACAGAGGAACUGUUUGAUCGACCGGACCAACCGGAACCGCUGUCAGCACUGCAGGCUGCAGAAGUGCCUCGCUCUGGGCAUGAGCCGCGACGCGGUCAAGUUCGGCCGCAUGUCCAAGAAGCAGCGCGACAGCCUGUACGCAGAGGUCCAGAAGCACCAGCAGUCCCAGGAGGGCACGGGGGGAGGGGACGGCGGCGCCCCCGACCACGCCCGCGUCUACCGGAGGAGCGACGCGGCCGCCGCCGCCGCCGCCUUUGGCGGCCUGGACGACGAGGGCUUCCCGUUCGACAUGCCGCCGACCCCCGAGGACCCGGCCGGGGGCUACUGGCGGCUGCGGGGCGCGGGCAGCACCUCGUCGGCCCAGAGCACGCCGGAGCAGAACCACCUGGACAUUGUGGACGGCAACCAGCUGCUGCACGACUCCAGGUUCUUCUCGCACGCCAUCCCCAACCCGCUGCCCGAGGGCUGCACCCUGCUGGAGAUAGAGCGCAUAACUGAGAGCGUGCUGAAGUCCCACAUUGAGACGAGCCGGUACAGCAUAGAGGAGCUGACCAGAAUGACGUGGACCUUGUACAGCCCGGAGGAGAGGCGCGCGUACCAGACCAAGUCAGCUGAGGCGAUGUGGCAACAAUGCGCCGUUCAAAUCACCAACGCCAUCCAGUACGUGGUGGAGUUUGCCAAGCGCAUCGUUGGCUUCAUGGACCUCUGUCAGAACGAUCAGAUCAUCCUCCUCAAAGCAGGCUGCUUGGAUAUUCUUCUGAUUCGAAUGUGUCGGGCCUACAACCCGGUCAACAACACGAUGCUCUUUGACGGAAAGUUUACAGCCGCCGAUCUGUUCAGAGCGCUUGGCUGCGACGACCUGGUGAACGCGGUGUUUGACCUCGGUAAAAGCUUGAGCCGCGUGCAGAUGUCCGAGGAAGAGAUGGCCCUCUUCAGCGCUGCUGUUCUGCUCUCCCCAGACCGACCGUGGCUGACGGACGUCGAGAAGAUACAGAAGCUGCAGGAGAAGGUUUACGUGGCGUUGCAGCUCUGCCUGCAAAAAGAGGGCGCAGCCGAAGAGAAACUGGCCAUGAUGGUGUCUAAGCUUCCCGUCAUGAGGUCCAUUUGCGACCUUCACAUGGAGAAACUGGAGCUUUUCCGCAUGCUGCACCCUGAAACCGCGUACACCUUCCCUCCUCUUUACAGGGAGGUUUUCAGCAGUGAAAUCACCUUCCCAGACUCCACACAGGGUUAGAAAAAAAACCACCCGGCCACGUAGAGUGGGGGGGGGGGGGGGUUCAAAUGGAGACAUUGAGGCGUAGGGAAAUGGGAGGUGGAAAUAUGUGGCAACCAGCUGAGGCCAAAAAACCAACCAGCAGCUCAAUGACAAUCCUGCACGCUACACUUUAGGACGACACUCCGCUCAGCUGUGAGCGACCCCCGACCCCCCCCC